CUUUUUCUUACGAUGGAAAGGCUGGUUGUCUAUCUACUGGUUAUUAGCACAGCCGUGAAGGCCAUGAUGUGUCCCAAAAGAUGCAUGUGUCAAAACCUGUCUCCAUCCUUCACAAUUCUCUGUACGAAGACGGGGCUUCUCUUUGUGCCCCCCAGUAUUGACAGGAGAACAGCAGAACUAAGGUUAAUGGAUAACUUUAUUACUACACUUAGGAGAAAAGAUUUUGCAAACAUGACUAAUCUAAUUCAUUUGACGCUAUCGAGGAAUACAAUAAGUCAAAUCAUGCCUUAUGCAUUCUUUGAUCUUAAAGGCCUUCACGCCUUACACUUGGAUAGUAAUAGACUGACUUACAUCAAUGAAGAUCAUUUCAAAGGUUUAAUUAACCUUCGGCAUUUAAUACUCAGUAACAAUCAGUUAAACUAUAUCUCUCCUGGGUCAUUGGAUGACUUUAUUGAAACAAUUGAAGACCUGGAUCUGUCCUACAACAAUCUCGUUAACGUUCCUUGGGAAACAAUUGCCAAACUUUCUAAUGUCAAUACAGUCAGUUUGGAUCAUAAUCUCAUUGAGUUUGUGCCAGAGGGAAUCUUCUCAAACCUUCACAAACUUGCCCGUCUAGACAUGACCUCCAACAAGUUGAAAAAGAUCCCUCCCGAUCCUUUGUUUUCCAGAAUACCGGUGUACGCCAAGUCUAAAGGAUCUCCACUGUCGUCCCUGGUGCUUAGCUUUGGAGGGAAUCCUUUGCACUGCAACUGCGAACUCGUGUGGUUGAGACGUCUCACCAGAGAAGAUGAUCUGGAAACCUGCGCCUCUCCACCAGAACUGAUGGGCAAAUACUUUUGGUCUAUUAAAGAGGAGGAAUUUGUCUGUGAACCCCCGAUGAUAACACACCGAACCCCAAAACUCACAGUGACAGAAGGCCAAAGCGUCUCUUUGAAGUGUAAAGCUGUUGGCGACCCAGAUCCCUACGUUCGCUGGAUCUCACCUGAUGGGAAGCUGGUCUCUAACACGUCUAGGACGAUUUCUUACGAGAAUGGUACUCUGGAUAUUUUGGUUACUUCUUUGACUGACAAGGGCACAUUUACCUGCAUAGCAUCAAAUGCUGCGGGAGAGUCGACAGCUCCAGUCGAACUCCUCAUUACCCCGUACCCUAACCUUGCUAACAGUACCAACUGCGAUAAAGAUGCGGAGCCUGGCCCCUCAGAUAUUCUCAUAUCUGCCAAGUCAAGCUUUCCAAAUGAAACAAAGGCUCAGCAAGAGAAGGUGGUCGUGGUUGCUGAGCUGACGUCGUCCUCUGCUCUUAUCCAGUGGCCUUCUCAGCAUCAGCUCCCUGGGAUUCGAAUGUACCAGAUUCAGUAUAACAGUUCUGCUGACGACAUACUAGUGUACAGGAUGAUUCCAGCUGCUAGUAAAUCCUUCUUCUUGACUGAUCUGGUUGCAGGACGUGAGUACGACCUCUGUGUUCUUGCUGUUUAUGAUGAUGGCUUGACAUCUUUGACCGCAACCAGAGUGAUCGGAUGUGUGCAGUUCACAACCCAGGAAGAAUACAAACAGUGCCAAUCCCUUCACGCGCAGUUUCUUGGAGGAACCAUGAUCAUCAUUAUUGGGGGUAUCAUUGUGGCUUCAGUUCUUGUUUUCAUCUUCAUCCUCCUCAUGAAAUACAAAGUCUACAACAACCACCACAAAAAUAAAACUACUAAAGUGAAUAAUGUCUGCUCUCAAACCAAUGGAAGCCAAAGUGGCUCGAUGGCUCGAUCCACUUCUAAACUUGCGGAGAGGCGGGAAAGUUUGCACCAGGAAUGCUCGGGCUCUUCCAUCAAAGGAAAAACUGUUGUGGAUUUGGAUUGUGAAAAAGUGACUCCAACCAACACAACCUUUUUAACAACUGAUGCGUUAUCUUAA